ACGUCAUUUUGUCAGACAACUCCCCUUUUUCCUCCCUGCUGGACCCACAUCCACACUUUAGGAACAACUGGAUAAAGAGUUUUUGGAUCCGAAAAGCAAAAUCAUGAUGACGGGAUUUCGACUAAACCUUUCCCCGCUGAAGGAGCCGCUGGGCUUCGUCAAACUGGUGGAGUGGCUCACGGCCAUAUUUGCUUUUGGAAGCUGUAGUGGAUUCUCAGGGAAGAACAUCAUGUCUCUGUUCUGCGGCGAUGGCAGGAACGACACGCUCGAUGCGAACUUUCACUACCCGUUCAGGUUGAGCGCGGUCCCGCUCAUCGAGGGGAACGCCACUCUCUGUAACCAAUCAGCCACCACCACACACAUGGUGGGAGACUCCGCCUCCUCCGUGGAGUUCUUUGUGGGCGUGGCCAUCGUCUGCUUCCUGUACAGCAUGGUGGCUCUGCUGGUGUAUUUGGGCUACAUGCACGUCUACAAGGACUCUGACUUUGGACCCAUCUUUUCGCUGACCGCUAAUCUGAUUUUGGUGCAGAAAUCGGAGAAACGCGGGAAGCAAAUUGAUGACCCGGGAGCAACCCGGGAGAGCGGCAGUGAAAUCAGGCGUUUGGGGAUCCGCGUGCAAGACGCUACCGAUGAGAACUCAAAAAUCAGUUUCAAGAGUCCGACACUGCAGGGUGGUCUUACGCGCCACGGCAUGAUGACAGCGCUGACCACAGGUGUGUUUCGCAGGCCCCGAGGACCGCUGACGGAGGCGCCUAGCAUUGUGCGGCUUUAUCAUGUUGAUUCGGCCAGCAACAGAAAAAGAACUCAGGACUCUCGGCCUCGGUUCCAGAAGGGGCAGGUGCAGCAAAAUGGCCAAACGGGCGGUUGCCCGCCAGAGGGCAACAUUAGCCGGUACCUGUGCACGUCAUCUGCAGGCAGUGUAACAGGCUCUGGCCUCGGACACGUUGCGCCGCUCACCGGUCGUAUUCGCCUGUCUAUUCUUCGGGCGGAACUCAAGAAUAGAUGGGCCGAUACGCUCCACCUUCGACAGUUAUCGCUGACUCCGCCGGAUGUUUAUGCCAGCAGCUGCAGUGAGAUGUGGACGGAGCAUUAG